AUGUCAACCGGCCUCUUUGCUUCGAAACAGGCAAAGUCCUCGAGGAACUUGAAGAAGCUCACAAUCUCGUCCCCCAUCGCUCGCUCCUCCUCCUCCUCGCUCCAAGCAUCCCCGGUGUUUUCUCCCGUAUCUGGAGACCCAGUCAUCGUCUUGCGAGUUAAGUAUGACUUUGACGCCGAAUCGCUGGUGGAGAUGAGCGUUAGACAGAAUGACUUUGUCAAGCUUGUUCACAGACCAGGCAAUGGCUGGCUUUUGGUCAAGUACAUCGACAAGACCGGCAGCGGGCUUAUCCCUGCUUCGUAUGUGGAAAUCAUUGCCAACGAUCUCCAAAAACCUGUCUCCGCUCAAUGGCUCCUUGAGAGCUCUCCUUCCACCACUAGCAAGCAAGAUUCCAUAUCAAACAUAAGAAUAACCACGGUGCUACAGAACAAAAAAUUGCGCUACUUGUACAGAAUGGACAUCAGCAUGGGCUCAGGUAAGCAAGUCUACCUCUGCAAGUACUACCAGAACUUCUACAACUUGUACGUCUCACUCGUUGCCUCAUUGGGACGGGUGGUGACAAUUCCAUACCUACCCAACCCACAAAGACUGUUGGAGAAGUCGGUUCUGGCGCUGUCGCUUUCCAACGACAAUAUCAAGGACUUAUUACAAUUGGCAGCGCAAUUGAGCAAGUAUAUGAGAGAGCUCUUGGCAAUCAACGAAGUGAGAAACUGCGACGAGUUCGUAGAGUUCAUCAAUGAUGAGCAAUUCAAACGAAUUGAGGUGAAUCCUGGCGACUUGCCUCUUCCCGACUCGGAGAUAAACAAUCUUCUCCAUAAGGAUCUGAUCAACAUAUUAGAUACUAUGCAAAGAGCUGAUUGCCCUCCCUCAAUCUCCCUGACCCCACUGCAAUCUCCUCGUAAUACGGGAGAGUCGCCUCGUCUCAGACAGCGAACUUCCCCAGCACAGGUUCAACUACGGAGUUUGAAGGCUUCUCAGGCUACGAUAGCGAUGAUGUCGUCUUUCACGGCCUCCGCAAGCAAUGAGAACAUGCAAAAGCGUUCAAAUGAAGAACCUUCGCCUAUGGUGGAAUCAAAGAGCUCUCAAACGCUAUCUACAUUUUCUCUGCUUCUUGCUGGCUAUGGAGAAGAGGAUGCUCAUCAAAAUAAAGAAUCCAAAGAGGAAGAGUUUGAUUUUUUCAACGAAAGGACAAUUUCUUCUGAAUCUAAAAGUGAAGGCACUCAAAGCAUGAGUGACACAACGUUGCAAGAACCUGUCAAUCUCGACACUCGGUCUAGAUCGCCUGUUAGUGCAAAUUACCAUCCAAAGGCGGGCUCCUCUGACAUGAGUUACGAGUCUGUCAGCACCAUUGGAAGCCAAGGAGUGCAGCACACCCACUACUCCAGCGGCGAGGACUCUAUUAUGCUGAACAGUUCGAGGCAUAAAAGUCUGUCUUGUGAGCCAAAGACUCCAACGAUCGUCUCAGAACACAGCUUUUCGAGAUGUCCUCCUAGACUCUUUGGCGAAGAAGAUGACGAACAGAUUAAACCCCUUCUGCCCAAGAAGCACAAGGAAGCUUACAUCACAGCUUCUUCAUCCACGACAACCAUCACGCCAGAUGCUGAAAAAAAGACGACAUUCAACGGAGAGUAUGUUAAGAUCAAAGUCACUCUCUGCAAUGAAGAUGACGAUAAAGUCAUUCUUCGAGUGCGUCGCAACGAAUUACACUCGAUCGACACCCUCAAACAUAUGCUACUGUUCAAGAUCUACAAGGAUCCUGCCUUGAUCCAUCACUACACUCUCCAACCCAUGGGCGAACCUCGUGACGAGAAUGCUUUAGACGAAGGUUCCUUACUCAACUACGUGCGGAGCAGUACCAAAGCCCAUCUUCGGCUUCAGCGUGCACGCUAA